AUUAUACGUUCUCUGAUACUGCUGGCCGAGAACGUCAAAUCUGAUAAUUUUGUGGUAUUAUGGAAAUCAAGGAAUCAAAACAAACUAGAAGCAGAGAAAUGUCGAAUCCCACAGCGUUGAUAACUGAAAAUUUAUGUUCAUAUUUAUUAGAAAAACCAAGGCUAUUCCCUGAUGUGAAUAUUCCCAAGAAAGCAACGAAUUUCAUCCGCCCACACAGAGAAAAAUUAAAAAUGCAAGGUGAAUUCAGUUUUCCUUGUCGUUCAGAACUAUGGAAUAACUGCUGUAAAGAAACGGGUCACAAGCUGCGGAAUAUUGCAUUUGAUAUGUUCAAGGAUGAAGGAUUAGAUGUAUCUAUUAAUGCGCGACAAACGUUUCUUAAAACGGCCUCUAGAUGGGCGUUUCCAAUAGAACGGAUAAAAAUUGACAACGAGCGAUGCUUUCUGUACCUGCAGCGACAUGCCGUGAUGACAAUGUUGCUUCAACAGGUUUUGAAAAACAACGACACAAACGCCUAUGGAAAGUUGGAAAAAAAUUCUAAACAAAGAAUAUUUUUUAGUCGUAUAAACCAAACUGUUGAUGAAAUAGAAGAAUUAACGUUUUACAGAGCUAAACUUUUAGAGGAUAUACUCCGUCGGGUUUUUGAAUAUUCGAAAUGGACUAUGGUUACAGAGGAAGAUGUAGAGGAAGUAAAACAAGGCAGAGGAGAAAGUGUUUUGCAUUUACAAGUGACAAGUGCUGCUAGAGGCCCCCCAAUAAAUUCAGUGGUUAUCCCUCCCAGCAAACUGAGCGCUGCCACUAUCCGAUGUGGUAUAGUUAUUGAUCCAAUUACUGGCAAAUUAACAAAAUUGAAAACGAGCGAGUAUCUAAACUGUCGUUCUAACGAUAUGUGUUUAAUGGCAAUGCAUAAGUAUGGUGUGCGAGUAAAGGAUGAUACAAGGUUUAGCACAUUGAUGUCUCGCUUAGGUGCAGCAGCUGUUACAGUUGACUUAAUGGAAGUCCGUUUUUCAAGUCCCGUUCAAAUAAUUCGUAGCGGCAAAGGAAGUACAAAAGGCGCUGCGUUUAUUUUGUAUAACUCUGCACGUUUAGAGUCAUUGCUUCGCCGAUUUGAUGAGAAGGUGGAAAAUGGUGAUUACGAAGGAUUGCCGCCAAUAGAAUCUAUUGACUUCACUUUGCUCGACGAAGAAGAAGAAUGGCAACUAGUGUUUUGUUAUAUAUUUGCUUUCCCUAAUCUUAUUGAAAAUUGUCUAGAACAGGUACAAAAAGGAAUAUGUGCUGUUCAUACUAUCGUGAGAUUUCUCGGUGAUUUCGCUGCACUUUUUAGUGUCUACUAUCGACGUAUCCGAAUUUUAACGCAAGAGACGCGACAACAUUUAAUGCCAUACGUGUAUGCACGUAUAUAUCUGGUGAAAGCAGUUCGCGAAAUUCUUAAUAAAGCAUUGGCUCUGCUUGAUAUUGAACCUGUUCAUUUUAUGUGAUCGAUUGUAUUUUUUGCUGUUUGGAUAAAUAAUAUUUUGUGAAAAUUACACUUUGGGUUUUAUAACUCCGGUUCACAUGCCAAAUGUUCUAGUAUGUUUACAAGAAAAGAA